AUGGGCUUGGCCCCAUGGGGUUCAACAGAGGCUGGCGGGUGGCCAGCGGCGGGGAGUGCAGCAGGACCAUCGACAACAACUUCCUCGGGCGGUUCGACGUGGCCGACGCAGAGCCAGCCCCAACCACUUCCGGACCCGCUUGAACAGAUGUCAGCUCCUAAGCCAGCGGCGAUGCAGAAGAGGGGACCCCAUGUCAAUACGAAUCGGUCCCAGAAGCCUGGGGAAGAGUUGCAACCCUAUCUGGCCCGGAGGAGGCAGAUCAUGGAGCACCAGUGGGGGAGGAGGAAGACAAACGCCAACGUCUACCAAUGGUACCUCGACGGCGACGACCGACACGUCCGGGAGCGGGUGACCAAUGACAACAGGCAGUCAACGUUGGAGGGUGUCGAUUACUCAAAAAUAUUCUACGACCCCAUCAACGACGAGUGGGACGUCUACGACAAUGUGUUAGAGGACCCGUUGCCGCCAGGCGAGGAUCCAUACUCGUGCUUCGACAACGACGACUUUGGCUUCUCCGACGAGGAAGAACGACCGGCUGCACCGCAGGAGCCUGGGCAGUCAGAUCCAAUGGAGUCAACACCUGCUGCCACGAGAACACCGCCGAUUCCUGCUAUCGGUCUGCCCAUUGAGAGAGAGCCGUCGACGCCGCCAAUCGCGAUCGAACGGGUCACCUCCACUGCGCCGUGCUACCCCGCCUCCAAUCCUGAUCCCCCGACUCCUGCUCCCUGCUUGGGCCAUGCAUCUACUCCCCACGUCCCGUCGCCUGAGUUGGCUCGAAGACCAAGCGUUGCAGGGGAGGGGUCAAGAACGGAGUAUUGGAACAUGGUGGACGAGAUUCACCCUCCUGCUCCGCCGUCAUCAUCAGGGAUGUCACAAGACGGGCCGUCGACAUCGAGCUGGUCUGAGAUGAGGUUGGACGACGACGACGACGCGGCUUGGGUGGUCACAGCAGGGGGUUCGACAGACUCUGACAGGCGGGGGACCGAGGACGUCCAGAUGGAGGAGGGGGCGGGUGACGAAGCACAACAAGGGCAGCUGGCUGACAACGAGGGUGAUGAAGAGGAAGAGGACGCGGAUGACGGGGGGGCCAAAACCAAGACGCGCCGCCAGUUACUGGAGAGGCGUUACGGACUGAGGGUGCCGAAAGAUGACGGAGAAGACAACCAGGGGGAGGCGGAGGAGACUGCAAGGUGGCUGAUGCUUAUACGUGAGAUGAAUCUGGACUUCAUCCAGCACCAAACGGUCAGGGUGAAAGCCUCCUGUACAAGGUUGUUGAGGUGGCUCAAGGGCGACGAUGACCUUCCGGUGAGGGACAGCGUCUUCCACGCGGUCAACAGGCGAACAAACCUGCCCGCCGGGAUUCGACUUUGCCGCAAGGGUGCCCGAUUCUGGGUGAUCUCAACGGCGACAGAGCCAAGUAUCUGGUUAACAACCUCGGUGGAUGCCAACCAUGCCAUCAACAUCGUGGAAGACUUGGUCGGCGCUGGAAGGAUGAAUCGCUUGGGGGCGGUGCUCGCCGCGUUGGGUAUUCGACAGGCUGGGCCAGUUGACCUGCCUCAACAUCGAUACGAGCUACCAAAGGUCGAAAGGGUGCCGUUCUACUACCGCGAACCUGGUCAUGACGGCCCUUCGCUGUAUGCCAUCCACCACGGCGGCGGCGAGUGUCUCGAUGAUGUGCCAGGCGGGGGCAUAUGGGAGGAAGCUCUGUUGGAAGGAGAGAUCACUGUCAUUGUGGGGCAGUACAAUCUAAUGACGGGGCAAGGCAACCAAGAGGUGCUUUGUUCCUGCAUCAGGAAAUCCGCCAACCUCUAA